AACAGCGCACAAACACGACCGAGCCAGCUGCAGUAGCUGAAGUCUGUGUUGGGACUUUCUUUAGUUAAUUAAAUCGAUAUAAAUCAUUCUAACGAAGCGGUAAAGAUGCAGAACAUCACAAAUACAUUUCACAUUUUACAUUUCAUCUCUACAUUAACUCUACCGAGGUAUUAGUUUACUUAUAAAAUCUCAGGCUAAUCGGAGCGGGGCACUCGAGCACAAGCUGUGUCUCAAAUUGUAUACUAGUGCCCUAGGUAGUGAGUCACUACCUGUCUCAGAACAGCGCGGCUGAGUUCACGGUUAGUGUACUACAUAGAGGAUAAGGGGGUGAUAUGAGACAAAGCCAGUGUUAGUUCUAGAAAGCUAGUUUAGCUAACGUUAGAGAAGCGACGCUAAGUUCAUAUUAAAUGGUAUUAACUACAGCGGGGUUUUACGGCCACCAUGGCACAUCCAAGCAGGAUUUCUGAAGAACUGAAGGAAUUCAUAGUGAAGGACGCGCCUCCAACCGUUUACUACGUCCCGGAUUUCAUAACAGAAGCAGAAGAGGAGUAUCUUUUACAACAGGUUUGCAGAGCCCCCAAACCCAAAUGGACACAGUUGUCUGGAAGAAGACUGCAGAACUGGGGUGGGCUGCCACAUCCUAAAGGAAUGCUUGCAGAGAAGCUCCCUGAUUGGCUGCUGACAUACAGUCAGAAAAUAUCUGCCCUUGGUGCGUUUGCUGGAAAAGCUGCCAAUCAUGUACUGGUGAAUGAGUACAAGCCAGAGGAGGGUAUUAUGCCUCAUGAGGACGGCCCACUUUACCACCCAACUGUAACAACAAUCAGCUUGGGCUCACACACACUUCUGGACUUCUACACACCUGUCAAUCAGACUCAGGAUGGAGUUCCUCAGACUGAAGAAAGCCGUUACAUGUUGUCUCUGUUGGUACGGAGGCGAAGCCUGUUGAUCCUGCAGGGGGAAAUGUACGAGCGCUAUCUGCACGGUAUUCAGGGUGUUGCUGCAGACACUUUAACAGAGCGGGUGGUAAACCUGUCAGUGGCGGGAGGGCAGGUGGGCGAGACACUUCCCCGCGGCACUAGAGUCUCCCUCACUAUCCGUCAUGUGCCCAAAGUGUGCCGAGCCAACCUGCUGCUCAGCAGGAAGUGACGCACUCAUGGAACCUCAGAACCAGAAAGAGAGACUUUCUCACGGAUCAGUGCAGUCAGGAAAUGACUGCGUACGCAUUUCCUACUCCAUACUCACGAGGUCGAUUAGCAGCUGUGAGCCUAAAGACAUAACAAGAGGAGUGCUGGAGGAUUGAGAUGUCCAUUACAUGCUGCAUCCGUAUCACACGGUUGAUACAUUUCCAAUUCUGUGUACUGUAAAGUCUUUAAAGGACUAAAAAUAUGCCUGGUCUCUCUUGUAAAAGUGAGUUUUUGAUCUCAGUGGGACAAUGCGUGAUGUAAUAAAUGUAGUAAUAAUUAAUGUUGCUUUGAAUUUCACUUGUACCUGAAGUCAAAUGGCAGUUACUGACUGUAAAGUGUGUUUUGUAAAGCAUGACUACAAAACAAGAUGCAAUUCCAAUUCAUCCCCCUGGAAAUCUAGUCUUAUAUUUAAAAUAAAAAUGAAAAAUGACAGCUCAAUUUACUCUCAUUAGCCAUUACAUUAAAACCACCUAUCUAAUAUUGUGUAAAUCCCCCUUGUUUCUCUACAACUGCGCUGUCACUGUGGAUAGUACUGCAUUUUAUGCUGUAUUCCCAGUAAAGAUAUUAUACUGUGGUUUGAGCAAUAUAAAAAAAUGGCUGCAGAAUUCCUGAUCCAUCUGGCACCCUUUAUCAGGCCUUGCUUAAAUUCUGAACACUGAUAAUAAACAUAAUUUUGCCCUGAG